UCAACCGCGUGUGUUUCGCCAAACGGUGAAUGUUGUUGAAUGGUUGAUCAGUAAAUUUGUGGCGUUAUUGUAAUACUAGCACAUCGCGCUAUUAUGGCGGGAUUAGAGAUAGUUGUUGGAACAUACGAACAGUUCACAGUGUGUUACCGAGUAGAGCAGUUGCAAAAAGAUCCAAGUAAACUGUAUCUGAAGGAGGCAUUUGCCGCUCAUAUGCAUACUGCCUCGGUGCGAACAAUUGCAUCGAACGGAAAGUAUGUAGCGACCGGUGGGGCGGACGAUCGCGUUUGUUUGCUCGACGUGCAGAACGAUAUGCAGCAGAGUGAGUUCCUUCAUCACGAUGGAACUGUUAAUACGGUCGCCUUUUCCAACGAUGGCAGCUUCCUGUUCACCGGUGGUACCGAUGGAAGUAUGGCCGCCAUAAACACGACCAAACAGGCCGUCUCUAAAACGUGGAAAGGGGCACACAAGACUGCGGUCCAAUCGAUUUCCAUUCACCCGAAGGGCAAGAUGGCACUUAGUUUGGGGAGCGAUAUGGUGCUGAAAACAUGGGACCUCGUAACUGGCCGUGCACUGUUCACAACAGCCUUGCACAAAAAUCGCUCGUACGGUGGUUCCCUGACCGGCGUCCACUGGUCGCCGGAUGGCGAACAUUUUGCCCUGCUCGGAAACAAGGUGGUCGAUGUGAUCAGCAUCGAGACGACGCGCUCUGUUCGCAUGUUGGAGUGCGGAUCAAAGCCGACCGCCAUGUGCUGGCUGUCCGUGGAGGAAAUAGCCGUGGGAUUGGAGAGCGGUGAGUUGGUGAUGGCUAACAUACAUGAGGAAACUCAGGAGGAGAAGCUGCAGAUUUAUGAAUCGCGACUCAAAGCCCUCUCUUGCCUUGGCGAAUACAUAGCGACCGCUUCCAGUGCCGGGGAAGUUUCGUUGUGGCAUCUGCAUGGCGUUGACUUCACACAGAUCUGUACUCAGCAGAUCGGCUGUCGUCCAAUUUGCCUAACGUUGAUGAACUCUGGUAGAUACCAAUUGAAGAUGAAGACACCAGAGAAGGGCGUCUCGCAAAAACUGCCUGCCGACAAUGUGGGAAUCAAAUCAGCCAGCAGCAGUACCAUUGCCAAGCGUAUCGCGAAUGAACUUGCUUGGGUAAGCGUAGAAACAGAAGAUCCUGUGCAGCUUGCCGCUUCGAAGCAGUCCCAAAAGGGUCCCAAAAGACAGCAUUCCCACGCUGUGCGUAGUAAAGUGCAACAAGGAGAAAUAGUCAAAAAGAAGCGUCCGAAUGUGUUUGUCGAAGAAUCGAUCGAAACUGCCGUGACGCUAAGUACACCGGACAAUGUGCAUGUGGAGAAAAAUGGGAAAGGUAGCAAAUCUGCAGCUGCAUUUGCAAACAAAUCUAAAAAGAUCAAGAAAAAAGCUUGAUUCUUCGGUGUUGUUCCAGUCCCAGAAGGCAUCGCCUCACUAAUUACCGUGCUUCUGUUGUAGAGCUACUUUUUCAAUAAAACCCGUUCUGACAACCGUUAUUAAGUUAAAUUCGCUGUACACUUUUAAAAACUUUUUACAUUAAAGCUAGUAUCGGCGAUGUGGGUUCGAAUCCCAAAUGAUAUCAGACCUGCUCGUGUACGAGACGGUUGACUAUCCACCUACGCAAAGGGAAAUUCUAGUAAAUUCUUAACUCGUUCCCGUUUGGUUUGGACUGCAGACACAGAUAUGAAAACAGAUGUUUGUACAUUUUUAUUCCACCAUUUAAGUGAUACUAAUCUAA